AUGCCAUCCGCUGCAAAGACAAAAAGUGGAAGGAUAUUCCGUGCCCCUACAGAUCAGACCAUUAUGGAAAUGGUUAAUAAGCGACGUGCCGUUUUACAAACGUUGAAAGAUGAAAAAGAACUCAAGGAGUUAAAUGAGAAACUACAGCACUACUAUUCAGAUUGUAAGAAAUUACAAGCUCUCGCCGAACAAGAACGCCUAGCUCGAAAUGCAGACAUCAACUUUAUUCCACUACCUGAAGGAGAUCUCGCCGAAGGUGAACUUCGGAAAGUGCAGAUAAUGGGACCGCAACCAAUUGUUCCUCCUAAGUUGGUUUGA